AUGUUAGAAAUGGCCACUUCAAACAGCAAAGGAAAAGUCACUAUUAUUGGCAGGUGGGAAUUUUGACACAAAUUCUUUGUCAUGUAUUGCUUACUUUCACCAUAGGCACUGAUUGUCACAAUCCAAAAUUAAUUUGGAAUCACUAUCCAUUUCCCAAUAUGAUUGGGCAAUUUUGUGGGUGACUCCAGUUACAUACUGGUAAGAUGGUGAACGUAAGACCCUUUGGAGCUUGCUGUUAAUAUGAUUAAUUUCUUACUAAUGUAUCUUCUGGCAUUGUGUUAACAUGAAACUCUCUGUCAAAGAAAUUCAUCUAUUGUGAUCACCAGCAGAUGUGGUUGACUUCUUUCUUUGAAAACCAUUUUUUAAAUUGAUUCUAGGCUCUAGAGUAACUUGUUCAGCUUUUACUUGUUUUGCUUGUGUCAGAAAUACAACAAACUAUAUAUCUUUAAUUUUUUAAUUUUAUCUCGUGAGCUUUUAAUUUUAUCAUUUGUCUGACUUUUUUUCACCAGUGGGUUAAUAGGAAGAUCUUGGUCUGUGGUAAGUAAUAACUGCAAAGCGCUCUAUAACAAUUUUUGUGUUAGUAAUUGUUACAAAAUGUAGCUUAAAGUUAGAUGACUUAAUUUGAAAUCCCAUGAUUUCAGUUAGUGGGUGUGUUUUUUCUUCAGCUGCUGCUUGUAAUGUUAGACACAUGAAAUCUUUUUUGCUUGGGUUUGGUGCUGCACAAGUCAAAUUUGACUAACCUCAGACUAAAUUUACCCUUAGUUGUGCCAUUUUUUGCAGAUUUUCUCCAGUGCUGGUUUCACUGUUGCUCUUUAUGAUACAGUAGCCAGUCAACUGACUAAUGCAUUGACAAGUAUUGAGUCCCAGCUGCGUGAUAUGGAGAUGAAAGGCUUGAUGCGUAGUCCAGGCAUGACAGCUCAGGAGGCAUUUAAGUUAGUUACCAGCUAUGAUGACCUUGUAAAGGCAUUGGAUGGAGCUAUGUACGUCCAGGUAGAAUUCAAAGACAAAUCAUUAACCCUUAACACCCCAAAAUCAGUAUGUAUAUUCUCCAUACUGUUCUCUAAACAUUUCCUAAGAUACUGACAUGGAGAAUUUGUUUAACAAUCAAGAUCUUCUCUAGUAGAUGAUCAGUUCCUUUAUUCUCAUGACCUCAGUGUUUGAUUCAGGGGUGAUAUGGUAAAGAGAAAUUAAAUACCAGUCAUUCCUAGGGGUUAAGGGGUUAUUUGAUUAUUGAUAAAUAAAAACUGUUUGAUUGAAUAUAAAUAUUGAUCAAUAGCAUAUUAAUUUACUAUGUUAGUGUUUUGUUUUGGAUUAGGAAUGUACUCCAGAAAAUCUGGACCUGAAGAAGAAAGUUUUUGAAAACCUGGAUAAAAGUAUUACUUCUGAUGACAUGAUAUUAGCUAGUUCAACAUCAUGUAUAGUGCCUUCAAAGUUCACGGAAUCUCUGAAGCAUCGCAGUCAGUGUAUUGUAGCCCAUCCAGUGAGUGUCAAAGUAUCAUUAAGACCUUACUCAUUGUUGACUAGACUAACUUGACUAGACUAACUUAACUAGACUAACUCACCUUACUUGGUGAGAAAGAAAAAAGAAAAGGAACAAAUGAACUAACUCCAGUAAUGACGAAAAACAAUCUAACCUUAACAAAAACAAAUUGAUAAACCAGUCCUAGUAAAAAAGCAUGUUACAAUGUUAUUUAUAAAAUAAUUCAAAUAGUACGUAUAGUAUUGGCCAUAAAACCAUUUUACAUGAGCGUAUAUAAACAUGGUUUUCGUUCCUCUUUCAUCAGUUAUUUUGGUUUCCUACGCUUAUCUCAUGUUCUCCCAACCUCCCGCGUGUUUACAUCAGGCUAUGUAGACAUGGAAACCAUUUUACAUUUCUUCAAUAUUAUUCUUUGUGCCUCUGUGUAUUCAUGUGCACAUCGGUAUUUUAACCCUUGCUCAUUUUUCCUUUUGUCCUCUUUACACCCUAAGAUUAGAAAGCUUAUUCUUCAUUCUGUUCUCCAUACAUUUCCAGUGGUGCUGUUAGGGAGAAUUUGUUUAACAAUAUGAGCUUCUCUUUUGGGUGAUCAUUUCCCUUAUUCUCAUGACCUAAAUGUUUGAUUUAACAGUGGAUAUUGUAAGGAGAAAUAAGAUGCAAUCACUCUUAAAGGUUAAAGGGUUUAACUUUAUCACAUUUUUGAGAAGAUAACUUAUUGCAUAAGCACAAUUACUUUUAGCUUGAUUUGCAGUGAACAUUGUUUUUGGUUUUGCAAUUAUCAGAUUAACCCUCCAUACUAUGUACCAUUGGUAGAAGUUGUUCCAGCGCCUUGGACAGACAGUAAAAUAACAAACCAGACAGUUGCUCUAAUGAAACAGAUUGGCCAGUCCCCUGUUGUAACCAAAAAAGAAGUGAAUGGAUUUGUUUUGAAUCGUCUACAGUAUGCUGUCAUCAUGGAGUCUUGGAGAUUGGUAGAGGUAACAGGAAGUUUUGCAUGGGGGAUGGGCAGGUGAUGGAUGUUUGAGGGGGGUGGGGAUUAGCUGGAAGUAGCACAGUGCCUGUUGUAGAGAGAUUAUUGUUAGUAGGUAGUCAAAAUCCACAAACAAGAUUAGUGUACUGCUGAUCAAAUUGGCUAGGUUAAUUUGUGGUGUUUCUCGAUUUGUGAUAGACUUUCUCUUGUAAUGAUGUGACUGGCUUAAGGAUGACAAUAACAUAGAAAUUACCUUUAAUUGGUUUGUUACCCCCAAGCACUUUUGUGUGCAAUCAGUGUUUUAGUUCACCACAUGUUAGAGUAAUUGUAAAAAUGAGGAUGGGGAGUUAUUCCAGAUUGCACUGGUCUUGCUUUCCUUUUCAAGGAAGCAGCGUGCCAAGUGGUAAUUAGUUGGAACAACGUCAGAGCCAUAAACUUUUAGGCCUGAUUAUUUGAGCAAAAGUUUUGUUUAACAAAAGUGCGUCUUAAACAUUCCUCAAUGUAGCUGGACCUUUUAUCUGAACAUUUUAUUUUGUAAACAGCGUCAAGAAAGCCAAAAGCUGAUAGUGGAAGGACAUUUAUUUCAUUAAAUCAUCCCUCUUAAAUAGAAAGCCUGAGGCCCACUGAUUGCGUAAAAACGUGGUUUGGGCUAGACGUUGAGUUAAAAACUGGCCCUUACUAUUCUUUCAGUAAAGCAAAUCUGUCUUUUCCACUUGCAUUUUCCUGUGAUCGACGCUGAUUCUCUAUCCUCACUUUGCCUGAGUUUACAGUAGAUUUAUUGUUUCGUCGAAAUAAGUACGUUCCCACUUCAGUCUACGGUAUUAAGCAAUUCAAAUUUCUAAAGUGAUGUAUGGUAACCUUACGAAGAGACAUGAUAGCAUGUUUCUAGUAAAUUGAUAUUUUUUCUUUUUCUGAGGAUGGCAUUUGUUCGCCUGAAGAUAUCGAGACCGCAGUGACAGAAGGUCUUGGACUGCGUUACGCUCUGAUUGGUCCAUUUGAAACCAUGCAUCUAAAUGCCAAUGGUAUGUUAUUAUUUAGAAGUUAUAACACUUUUAUUUUUCCCAACGUUCAUGUCGACUGAGUUGAGGAGGGUGGGAGAGAGGGGUGGGGAAAUAUUUGUCUCGAAGCCUUUAUUCUUUCAGCUUGUAUCUCGAAAGCUAUUUCCGGCCUUUCUACGACCCUCGUACGCGUAUUUUUUUUUUUAAGGCGCAGCCUUGGCGUUACUUCAUUACUGUCUAUUGGUUUUGUAGGAAAGUCAUGCAACUUUCUCAACUAACCAGAUAAAGUAGAAAAACCAAUCGCGACUCGUUCAUUCACGGUUGUAACAACGCGAAAGAAAGAAUGAUUUGAGAGACCCAUCGUGGCAUUUGAAUCUUACGUGACGUGUUCAUUUGUUAGGAAUCAGAGAUUACUGUGAGAGAUACGGAGAAAAUAUUGUGCGUGUCUGCGAAGAAGAAGGGGGACCGCGGAAAUUAGCUGGUGAUACGUUGGACAAGAUUGAAAAGGUGUUUAAUGAAAGCAUUCCUUUAGAUCAACUAAAUGAAAGAAGGAAUUUACGAGACAAGAGACUAGCAGCACUGGCUCAGCACAAACAUCAAGAGAAAAGUGAGAGCGGUGCCAUGUGAUGCUUCAAGACCUGACCAGCGUUACAAAAUAAGAAUUUUCUUGUCAAGCAAACUACUUUCCUGAAAAUCGUUCUUCCUGAAGUUGCAAUGAUUUUAUUCAAUAGCCGAGAUUUUUUUAAAGUGAUUCUAUUUUCCUUUUUCGCGACCUGUCAUUGUUUGAGAUUCACAAUGAUUUAUGAAAAACUCAUAAAUCGAAUUAGUGCUUAGGGUACUUUGUGCAUUUUGUAAUGAUAAGUCGAUUUUGUUUUACCGAUAUGGGGAGGGUCACUGAGUCGUCUCGGACAGAAUUAUUACGAAAAGCUGUUAGAAAAAUGAAAAGUUUUAACAAUGAUUAUUGUUGCGAAAUCCCAUCCUUUCUUUCCAACUUCUUUGCUCACAUUUGCGCACGCUAAGAUCGUCAGCUUAGCUUGCAUGGCAUUACAGUGCAUAGCAAAGAACGUAAUGCAGUUUGUUCAAAAACCUACUUUCCCUUUCGUCAUUGGCUGGGGUGGACUAGGUAAAAAA